AUGACGACGCCCGAAGAUGUGCUCGCUAAACUCGGACACUGGGAGGACCCGCUAGUGCUAUCGGACUUGCUCACGUUUGAGCGGAUACCCGCUCCUACAGAAUUGGUAUUUGAACGGGCAGGACUGGAAGGAAAGAUCAUAGGGCAAACUGGAAACGUACCCUUCAAACCUGGAGGUCUGAACGAAAUCUUCAAGGAGGAAACAGGAGGGGAAGUUAUUGAUUUAGAUUCUGAAACGUUGCGUACUGUCCCUCCCGGUUUCUCAAGAGGGUUAAAGUUGGAGGGUGACGUAGACGAAGAAGUUAUCGUAUUCAGUGACUUGCCAGAAGACGACCUACCAGCACAACCUUCAGCCUUGCCCACACGAUCAAGGCGCCCACUGCUGAAUCGACCGGCGCACCAACCGGAUCAGCCGAAGUCGACGACUUUUUAUCUACGACGGAGGCAAAGUGUUACGAUACAGCGGCGCCGUCCUCCUCCCCAGCUCGCCAAACGGGAAUGGGCACACAUUGUCAAUGUCGAUAAACCAUUCAAUAAUUUCCAUGAAUUGGUUCCUGAUAUGGCCCACAAAUACCCUUUUGAACUGGAUACUUUCCAGAAAGAAGCAGUGUAUCAUUUGGAGAUGGGAGAUAGCGUGUUUGUGGCGGCGCAUACGAGUGCCGGAAAGACAGUCGUGGCCGAGUAUGCGAUCUCACUUUCGGCGAAACAUAUGACCAGGACCAUAUACACAUCCCCUAUCAAAGCCCUCUCUAAUCAAAAAUAUCGGGACUUCAAAACCACUUAUGGGUCAGCCAAUGUUGGUAUCCUAACCGGAGACGUACAAAUCAACCCAGAAGCCAACUGUUUGGUGAUGACGACUGAAAUCCUGCGUUCAAUGCUCUACAAAGGCGCGGAUAUAAUUCGAGACGUGGAAUUUGUGGUAUUUGACGAGGUGCACUACGUGAAUGAUGCAGAGAGAGGAGUUGUAUGGGAGGAGGUUAUUAUCAUGCUGCCUGACCACGUCAAUAUCAUUCUUCUGAGUGCUACGGUUCCAAAUACGAAAGAGUUUGCGGAAUGGGUUGGACGCACAAAGAAAAAGGAUAUCUAUGUAAUUAGUACUCCUAAACGCCCUGUCCCACUGGAACACUAUCUAUAUGCGGGCCGAGAAAUGUACAAAAUCGUGGAUGCAGGCGGAAAGUGGCUCGGAACUGGAUAUAAAGACGCAGGAGAGGCACUUCGCCGAAAACAAGACAAAGAGCGUGAAGCCGCAGGACUCGCACCGAUCCAACGUGUCGGCGCACGAGGUGGUCGGGGUGCAGCAGCACAACAGCCUCAACGUGGUCGAGGCGGCGGUGGAGGGGGCGGACGAGGAGGCCCUUCUCAGCGUGGUGGUGGUGGACCAACCUCGAGAGGCGGCGGUGGAUCACACAUGGGUUCGUCCGGUCCUCGUUCGCACCAACAGCAGGAUAAGAACCUCUGGGUCCACCUCGUCGGACACCUCAAAAAGAAAAACCUCUUGCCCGUCGUUAUUUUCACGUUUUCGAAAAAGAGGUGCGAGGAAAAUGCGGGUACGCUUAGUUCGACGGACUUGUCGGAUGCCAAGGAGAGGAGCGAGAUUCAUUUGGUUUGGGAAAAGGCCUUGGGAGGCUCAAAGGGUAGGAACGGACAAAAAGUUGCCCCAAAUUGCGCGGAUGCGGGAUUUGCUGAGUCGAGGGAUUGGGUGCACCAUGGUGGUCUACUGCCUCUCGUCAAAGAGGUAGUCGAAAUUCUCUUUGCUCGCGGUCUGGUCAAGGUCCUCUUUGCGACGGAAACAUUUGCCAUGGGUGUAAACAUGCCCGCUCGAAGCGUCGUAUUCUCCGGUAUCCGAAAGCACGACGGGAAGAGCUUUAGGGAUCUCUUGCCGGGCGAGUAUACACAGAUGAGUGGUCGGGCGGGACGCAGAGGAUUAGACGAAACGGGAGUGGUGAUUAUUGUUUCGGGGGACGAGUUGCCCGACACUGGGACUCUGAACAGAAUGAUCCUGGGCGUUCCAAACAAGCUUCAAUCUCAGUUUAGGUUAACGUACAACAUGAUUCUCAACUUGCUCCGUGUCGAGGCGCUUAAAGUCGAAGAGAUGAUCAAGCGGAGUUUCUCGGAAAACGCGUCGCAGAGUCAGUUGCCUGAGCAGCAGAAGCGGGUGCUACAGAGCUUAAAAAGCUGCCCAAGCUCGAGUGCGAGACUUGCCUCCAGGAUGCACCUGUACUAUGACUUUUCAGCCGAGUAUGUCCAUUUGAACAAGAAGAUUUUGGAGUUGGCCGGGACUGGGAAACUUGUUUCCGGGAGAGUUGUCGUUUUGAGAGAUACGCAUUUUGCGGGAAAUUUAGCUAUAUUCUUGAAAAAUGCGGGGGAGAACAAGCCUGGAGAGCGGUUGUACUAUGCGCUUGCGUUGGUGGACGAACACACCAAGCGCGUUCCAAGGCCCAAGAACCGGCAAGGAGGAACGUACGAGUUUGUGGAGAUCCCGCUAUCGAGUGUGCACAUGGUCACGAACAAGUUUGUUAAAGUCGAUUUGAAAGCCAUCGUGCAAGACCACCGCAUCUCGGUGAUGCAAGAAGCUGUAGGGCAAUUGGCGCCCUUGGCGUCUGAAUGGUCCACAGGUCCCGGAAUCGAGGAGAUCGAGUGGUUGAAAGGAAAGGGCCAUUCGAUUGAUGUGCAGGAUGCAUUGCAGGAUCGAGCUGGAGUCGAGCGGGCGCUGGGAAGAAUGGUGUGCGUGCAUUGCACCGAGUUUGACGAGCAUUAUGCACUGCUCCAUAGACAAAUGACCCUUCACAAGGAGAUUGGACGGAUUACGUUCGAGCUGAGCGAUCAGAAUCUGGAACUUUUGCCCGAUUACGACAGAGGAUACAGCGGCCUACGAGCCCGAAGAAGUGGUCGCUCUCUUUCUUGCUUCUUGUUCCAGGACAAGACCGAGGUAACGCCCCAGGUUCCUGACAAGCUGAAAGCCGGGCUGGACGAGAUUACGAAGCUGGCGGAUCGGGUGGGGAGGCGACAACUGGCGAAUAAAGUGGCGGACCCUGAUUUCGCGGCCAAACUCAAGUUUGGGCUGGUGGAGGUUGUGUACGAGUGGGCAAAGGGAAUGCCGUUUGACCAGAUUACCGACUUGACGGAUGUUGCAGAGGGGACGAUCGUCCGGGUGAUCACCCGGCUGGAUGAGACGUGUCGGGAAGUGCGUGACGCUGCGCGCGUCAUCGGCGACGGGGACUUGUUCCGCAAGAUGGAAGAGGCGCAGGUGAAGAUCAAGCGCGAUAUUGUGUUUGCUGCGAGCUUGUACUUUUGA